ACCUUUUGGGUUCUGGGAGCCCUGAGCUGUGGCUUGACACGGGCAUGCCUUCGUUGUGCGCCUUCUGCAAGGAUUUCGGGAGUGUCUCCCGGAUCUCAGCGAUGGACAGGAGGGUUCCUGCCCCUACCCACGCUGCUGGUGACCUUGGCGCCUCCCUCCUCCCCGGUGCGGCUGGGGUUCCUGUCAGCUGGGAGGCUUAGUCUGCGGUGGCCGAUAUCCCUCCCAGGCCCGGCUCCUGGUUCUGCUGUUAAACCACACUAAGGAAUGAAGAGGUCUCUGCAGACUAGAGGAUGAGUGUGUUUGUAUUCUUCUGUUUACUUCAUCAAUGCCCAGUGAGUGCGACUCUCUGAAGCCCAGGAGUGACAGUUCAAGGACCCCCCUGCAAUGGUACAGCAGUGCGCAGAGCAGGAUGCGGAGACCCAGCCUGCUGCUGAGAGACGUCAUCAAGUGCUCCCUGCUGGUGUUGGGAGUGUGGCUCCUUUACAUCCUCAAGUUGAGCUACACCUCGGAGGAGUGCGGCGGCCGGAAGAUGCAGUACGUGGACCCUGAACGCAUGAAGAGAGCCCAGAGACAUGCCCAGCAGGUCCUGCAGAGGGAGUGCCGGCCGGCGUUUGCCAAGAGGGCGAUGGUGCAGCUGUUCGAGGGCCGGUACAGCGCGGACCUGGCACCCUUCGUGCAGAAGGCCCCUGACGCCAGCGGGGCCGAGUACAAGUACGACCCUCCCUUCGGGUUCCGCAAGUUCUCCAGCAAAGUCCAGAGCCUCCUGGAGACGCUGCCCGAGCACGGCUUUCCCGGACACUGGGAAGCCAAGGCCUGCCGGCGAUGCGUGGUCAUCGGCAGCGGAGGGAUACUGCACGGCCUGGGGCUGGGCCCUGCCCUGAACCAGUUCGACGUCGUGAUAAGGUUAAACAGCGCGCCCAUUGAGGGCUAUUCCGAGCAUGUUGGAAAUAAAACUACCAUACGGAUGACUUACCCAGAGGGCGCCCCACUCUCUGAUGCUGAGUAUCACGCUACUGACCUGUUUGUUGCUGUUUUAUUUAAGAGUGUUGAUUUCAACUGGCUUCAAGCAAUGGCAAAAAAUGAAACCCUGCCAUUCUGGGUGCGACUCUUCUUUUGGAAGCAGGUGGCAGAAAAAAUCCCCCUACAGCCAAAACAUUUCAGGAUUCUGAAUCCAGUUAUCAUCCAGGAGACGGCCUUCGACAUCCUGCGAUACCCAGAGCCCCAGUCAAGAUUCUGGGGCCGAGACAAGAAUGUCCCCACGAUGGGCGCCGUGGCCGUCAUCUUGGCCACACAUCUGUGCGAUGAAGUCAGCCUGGCAGGCUUUGGGUAUGACCUCAGCCGCCCCCAGAUGCCCCUGCACUACUUCGACAGCCAGUGCAUGGCGGCCAUGAACUGGCAGACCAUGCACAACGUGACCACGGAGACCAGGCUCCUCCUGCGGCUGGUCAAGGGAGGCGUAGUGAAGGACCUCACCGGGGGCGUCCACUGUGAAUUCUGAGCACACCGACCUCACCAGGAAGGGCGCCUGUGCCCCAAGGGCUGUGUCGGGCCUCCUCUGUGCAGUUCAUCCUGCAGAUAAUAUGAAGAGCAGUUGGUAUUUUUAACCUUAAUUUAAAAGAUGUCCAGGUCUUCCCACUUCUUUUCCUAUUUAUUUGAAGUCAGUAUUUGUUUUUGCACAACAUUUUAUAAGUUCAAAAAUGGAAAGACUUUUCAAAGAGAAUUGUAUGAAGUAUUUUAUUGGAUUUUUUAAGAAAGUAAUUUAAUCUGUAGAAGCUCUGACCAUGCACAUUGCACACGGAAUACCAGGUGGUGCGGUGGAUGGCGGGCUCACUCCUUGAAGACCUGCUGACUGCCUGCCUUCUCGGGUCCUCCGCUCCUUGGGUGGCACAGCAGAGCGGCUCUGAGGAGGGCACUGGGCACUGAGCCACUGCAGCCUGGAGGUCUUGCUGGGGGAGGGACACUGGCCAGGGCCCACCCUGAGUGCUGUGUGGUGCCCAGGGCCGUGGAGGCCACGGUCGUCCCGGCAAUCACAGCGACUCUCGGCCUUCUUGAGGACAUUAGUCCUGCCCUUCCAGAGCACUUAGGUUCUGUGAGAGGUUUGAGGUGGCUCAUAAAGACCAGCACUGGUAUCCAGCGUCAGGGAGUCAUAAAGACCAGGAAAGAGCCUCUGGUAUCCAGCGUUGGGGGAGACGCCCUUUUCAGGAACAGUCACAUUUUCUGAAAUACUGAAAUGAAAUCUCCCAGUGUUAUAAUUUCCUUAUUAAAACAUUUUUUUUAAA